GGAAAAACUUUGAAAUAACGUCAAUAAACCCGAAGCCUAAUUUCACGUCCCAAAAAAGCCCUGUUGAGAAAAUGGAAACCCUAGAACAAGAACAUCAACAAUCGAGGACCACUACAGAUGAUCGAUUGGCCAAGAAGGCAAAGAUUUCAGUCCCAAUUGAAAUCAUCGAAGAGAUCCUCUCCAGACUCCCCGUCGAAUCCAUUAUCCGGUUCAGAUCAGUCUCCAAACCAUGGCUCUCCCGCAUCUCCCACCCAUCAUUCACCAAACUCCACUCCACUCGCUCUACCCGCUCCGCCUUAUUCUUUUCCGCUUACGAUCCUUCCACUCGCCAACACCACAUUCUCUCCGCCGCCACUCACGGUGGUCCCGUAACUCAUCUUUUCACAGUCGACGACGUUUCUGUUUGUCAUAUCAAAGCGGCCGAACAUUUGAACGGCUUAGUAUUGAUUGGUUCCGCCAAAUCGCGUGCCUACGUUGUCAACCCUAGCACGCGUAAGUUUUUAUUACUCCCUCAUCCUGAUCCUUCUUACAUCGAUGAUAUAAAUGAGUUUACCAGUUACUGUUUCGUGUUUGAUGAGUCUAGAAACGAACAUAAGGUUUUCAUGAUCAGGAAACUUGGUGAACCUACUAGAUAUGAGAUUAUGAUUUUUUCUCUGUCAACUCGUUCAUGGAGAAAGAUAUAUGCCGAGCCUCCUAUUGGUUUUAGUUGGGAUAAUAUGUACUUUCCCUACCACCACAGCGUUUGUGUCAAUAGUGUUAUACAUCUAAUGUUUCUAGAUGGUUUAUGGUCUCACAUUUUGGCGUUUGACUUGAGAACAGAGGUGUUUUCGGUAAUCAACUUUCCUCAAGGUGCUCUGCUUGAUGAUGAUGAUGGCCCUUGCAUCAUAAAAACCAAGGGUUGUAUCGGAAUUUUUAGGCGUAUAGGGGAAAAGAAUGAAAUACAUGUAUGGAUAUUACAAGACUAUGAUAAGCGUGUUUGGGUCAGAGAAAUCUACACCGGGCCUUUGACCAGGAAAUAUUCGUAUUACCCUGAAGAUUUUGUUAAUAUGGACGAGAUUAUCUGUUUUCCGAGCCAGUUGUCUGAGAAUGUGAUGAGUUUACCUGUCUAUAACAGGAAGAGUGGAUGUUUUAAGUCGUUACAGUUCACUCUGGGUCAUCUAUUUCCGGUGUCAAGAAAUUUUAGGUUCUAUAUGGUUAGGAGUUAUGAUGAAAGCAUGGUGCCUUUAUAGAGGAACGGACAAGACUUAAUGAUCCGAAACAAGUACCUCCCCCCACGGGCAAAUGUUGUCUUCCUUUAUAGGUGUUAUGUUUACAUUUAGUUAUCAACUGGUUAUAUUUCUUAUUAGUUCAAGCUGUUUUAACUCAAGAGUCGAGUUUAUUCGUCUAAAGACAAUCAACAUGUUUAUCUAACUAGUUUAAGUUUGUUUGUCAAAUUAUUAAAAGAAGUAAUGAUAUGUCUGGUACAUGCUUUA